GUUAGUGUGGUUAUUCCUUUCAUUCCACUGGUAGUCAAGACCCACUAUGCUACACAUGUGAGUCAUUCCCUCAAACAUCCUGCCUUGUAGCAGCACUUCCUCAUUUAAUGCAGGGAGUUGGUUCCAGUACUGCAUUCGACUUCCAGCCCUCUUAAGCAAAGUAUCAAGAAAAUCCAGACACAUUUCCCAUGCUUAAGAGCAGGCUGGGGAUAGUGCCAAGUUUCAGUAUGGACUGCUGAAUUAUCAGAGCUAGCUCAAAGAAGCCAGAGCUGGAGUUCUAUUUGCAAAUUCACCUGUGAGUGCCCUGAAAGCCAGAUACUAAGGGAAAACCACCCCAGCUAAUGGAGUGCAUGGUGGCAUUAAUGGAGUGAAAGGAUUCACAGUGACUGGGACACUGCAAAAAUGAACAGGGAAUAUGUCUUCUGGAUACUCUCCUACUCACUGCUGUGCUUUUUCCCUGGUGCUGUUCCCCACACAACUUUGUGCCACGCAGUCAGCGGAGACACUGUUAUUUUGCCCUGUGCCAUUAAGACUUCUGAAAAGCUGAACAUUUCCAAUUAUUAUAUAUACUGGCAGAUAAGUACGUCAGUGGUAGUGCAUAUGUUUUACAAUGGGAAUGACUCAUUUGCAAUGCAGUCCAGAAGAUACCACAACAGAACCAGGCUCUUUUUGGAUCAGCUGGAGCAUGGUAACUUUUCUCUAAUGCUCUCUGGAGUUGAGCCUGCUGAUGAAGAUGUGUAUACCUGCAUCUUUAGAAACAAAGUGAGCAGAACUAAGGGCACACGUGAAGUUAAACUCAACGUCUCACCUCCAGAUAAUCAAUUGAUGGAAAGAAAUGUUACCCCUAUUGGUCAAAUUCAGGAUUUACCAAAUUGUCCUGGGGAUGCAAACGCUCUGGAUAUUCUUGUGCUCUGUUCUCACUUCCUGAUGGUGUUGGUGGUUUGGAUCUUGUAACUGUGAAAUCAGGGCUUUUGUCUGCAAACUUCUCCUGGCAAGUGACUCUUGCAGCACACCACCCAUCUGUAAGGGUUGCACAACUACUAUUCCAGAAGCCACAAACAACAAGGCAUCACCACGUGAAAACUGACCUUAUAUUCAGCACCUAUAACCAUAGUUUGGUGCUCAAACAAGCAACCUUAUUUUUCACAGGCACUGGCCAUCUGCAGGUCCAAGUGACUUCAGUCAGAGGUAAUGAGCCUGAUUUUUCAUCCAUCUUCAAGAGCCUAGCUUUAGGCCUCCACGUUUGAAAAUUCUAGCCCUAAAAUUUUUUUGUGUGUUUUUGACGACAAUUUUGAAUCUAGCUGAGGUUCACAGUGUUAUUAUAAUUGUCCUUAAUGUGAUCUUUCACAUAAGAUUGCAUGUGCUUUACAAAAAGGGGAAGUAAAAGAAGGAGAAAGCAUAGCCGUCUUAUACGUCAGAGAAAAACUGGAAGUUGUGGGGGUGGCUGCCUUUGCGAAAAGCAAGGGUGGAAACAUUGUGACAGAAAACUCGAGGCUGUGAACUAUGGCUGUACCUCUUUUUACUCUGAUGCAUCAACUACAUCAUCAGUACAAAGAAAUCCAUUCAUCAUCCAAAGGAGAAGUUGGCGGCAGAGGAUGUCAAAAAAAAAAAAAAGCAAACAAUUCCAGAGGAAGAGUGCUGCAUACUACAAAUAAGCCAAAGACUUUAUUAGUUUCAGUCUUAUACUCUUCCCCAAAGAAAGUUAGAUGCAGCCAACUGAAAGGUACAGAACUGCUGUGCUACUUGGAUUAGGGUAUGAGUGAUUCUGCUACCUGUGAUGCGGAGUCAUUAAUUUAUAUAGGUUGUCUGUAUCACUCUGCACGCCAUUUUUUGUUUAAAAUGUCCAUGGUUUAAGGAACUAAAACUAUCAUCUGUGUCUAUCAGGACUGCAUUGUCUUACUCCUUAAAAUGCAAAAAUGCAGAUAUAACUGAAGAUGUCCUCUUGCCAUUGUUAAAGUUGAAAGUAGCUUCCGACUGAUAAUAUAAAGAAAGUACAGUAUUUCUUUGACAGCCCAGUGCCAUUGCAACUGCGCUAUUGUGUAGCUGUGAACAAGCUAAGGAAUCUCUCACCCAGGUUGGAAGGGAGAGUGUGAAAGUGCCAUUCAGGAUAUGUUUACACAGCAAUGCAAGCGUUGGCUCCUGGCUCAAGCCUAACCCCCAUUGUGUCCACAUACCAGUGGUGUUAACCCAGUGCUUGAACCUAGGGUCCCAGAAGUCUGCAGGGCUGGAAGGUCUGAACCAGUGUUAAGCAGGGAUCUAAGGUCUGAGCCCUAUUGCUUUCCUGUGUGUACAUGUCCCCAGCUUGACUUGGGUCCUGGAAGUCCUCUGGGUGUAUCCCAGAGUUCCCUGGGGCAACUCCCUUAGUCAUCUCUAAGCCAACAAUAUGUGGUGCAAUCUGUUUCAAACAGAUGCCAUGCUUCCCUUUGCAAAGGGCAGCAGGCCAGAUCAGCGUUAACCCAUCACCGUCUGAACACUGGUCUUCAAGCACACUAUCAGAGAACCUGCAGCAUAGGUGCUGACUGUGGGAGUGCUGUGGGGUUCGAGCACACACACGCCAAUACGGGGUGCUCAGCACCCGCAGAGAUGGAUUAAUCUUUUGUGGGCCCUGGAGCCUGAACCAAGGCUCUGCCCUGAGGCCCUGCCCCCACUCAGCCUCUUCCCUUUAAGGUCCUGCCCACACUCCACCCCAAAGCCCCAGAGAGGGCAGAUGGAGGGUUCGGGAGCAAGGGCCAAAGAGCUGAGCAGCUACUAAGCAGCUGUCCUGCAUGGCCCAGGGAGGGAUGACCCCUAACAUUCUGGCUGCUCCCCCUCCCUGCCAGGCAGCCGUUUAGUCCCUUCUCCGCUCUGCGGUUCCCACUGCCCACGCAGCGUGCACUGUCAGGGUGGUGAGUGGGGGCCAGCCCCAAAACCUCCCUGCAGCAGUGGCUUCAGCUCUGCCUCACUGUUGCAGAGAGCUUGCCCAGAGCAGGAGCAAAGCUGAGAGGCGGGAGUUGGCACUCAGCUGCCAGGAUGUUGAGGGGGGGUCAUCCCGCCCCUGGCCAUACUAAGCUGGGCGCUCUGGUGCUUCCCCCACCCUGCAGGGCAGCCCCAUGCUCCCAGGCCCCUCCUCCCCUCCUUGGAGCUGUGCACUGUGAGGGUGGUGAGUGGGAGCCAGCCUCAAAACUUCCCCACAGGCUCCUGGGCAUCUCUUAUCCCUGCCACCAAGGGUGCAGCAGGAGCAGGGAUAAGGUAUCCUCGGGGCCGGUGCUGGAGCACACUGCACCACAAGCCCUGGGGAUGCACGUCAUUGCUCGGCCGCCAGCAGCAGCCAGGCUGGGGGUGUACAAGUGUUUUUCUUCUGAAACCUACAUUCUCCGCUCAAUGGUAGUUCAGUAUAAAGCUGCCUCACACUCAGUCAUUCUACUGAGACAGCCACCAGAGGAGCUACUUUUGCGGUUUCUGUACUCCUGUGCUCCUUAUGGACACCUGCAUCCCAUCAAUAGUACCCUCACAGUAGGAAAAAGGAGGGAUAGCAGAGUUUUCCACAGUGCAACACAUUCAUAAGGCUAGAGUAGCAACAAAGGGUAGGGGAGGGGUGCUGGACACUCUGGGAUAGGAUUGCUUUGACUCAGAUCUGUGUAUUGAAGUGUGGAUACCAGAGCACAAGUCAGCAAAUCCUUAACCUAGGGUUAAAAUGGAGUGUAGAUGCUCAAGCCCAGCGUUCUCUGACAUGGGGUCGGAUGACUCGAGUCCCACUAACCCUAGGCUUACAUUGCUGUGUAGUAUACAGUAACUUUUGAGCAUCGCUGAAGUAGGGGGAAGUGGCUUAUAAGCGGCAGCACAUUUUAAGUAUACACAAGUAUUUUUUGCUACAGCUGAAGUCACUCCACCCUCUUUCAUAAAUAAGAUUUCAAAGUAGCAGCUGUGUUAGUCUGUAUCCAUAAAAAGAACAGGCGUACUUGUGGCACCUUAGAGACUAACAAAUUUAUUUGAGCAUAAGCUUUU